CGCACGUUCACACGCACACAGCAGCUCCCAUCGUCAUCGAUCGAGCUCACUCCCUCACUCGCUCACUCACUUCCAGUCUCCGGCCGGCUACCUGCAGCGAGCUCAUCCCUUGAUCGAGGUCGGUCGCUCCAGCGCGGCGUCGAUGGAGAUGGACGCGCAGUGGAUGUCUCCUAGCGGCGGCAGCAUCAGCUUGCCGUCGUCCGCGGCGGCGGCGGCGGCGGAGCUGCGGCGGGGGCCGUGGACGGCGGAGGAGGACGCGCUGCUGGCGGGCUACGUGGCGGCGCACGGGGAGGGCCGCUGGAACGAGCUGACGCUCGCCGCGGGGCUGCGCCGCACCGGCAAGAGCUGCCGCCUCCGGUGGCUCAACUACCUCCGCCCCGGGGUGCGCCGCGGCGGCUUCACCCCGCGGGAGCAGCUGCUCAUCCUCGACCUCCACUCCCGCUGGGGCAACCGCUGGUCCAAGAUCGCCGCGCACCUGCCGGGCCGCACCGACAACGAGGUCAAGAACUACUGGCGCACGCGGGUGCAGAAGCACGCCAAGCAGCUCGGCUGCGACGUCGGCAGCGGCCGCUUCCACGACGCCAUGAGGAACCUCUGGAUGCCGCGCCUGCUCGAGCGGAUCCACGCCGACGAGUCCGCCGCCGCUGGUGACGCUUCGCACUACUUCCACGCCGCGAGCCCAGCGCACGCGCCGCCCUCCCAGCCGGCGUACCCCAACGCUGCAGCACCCACCAGCAGCUGCGCGCGCGCAACUUCACCGGACGCCGCGUCGUGCGUGACCGGGUCGCCGUCGCCAUGGGAGGCGUCGCCGGCAGCGCAGUUCCAGACAAGCAGUCCGAGCAUGCCGGCUUGGUCCACCGAGCAGUGCCAAAACGGCUGCUCGAGCGCGACGAGCGGUGGUGACAUGUUCGACGAGAGCUGGUCGGAGCUUCUUGCGCGCGCCAACCACGACGACGCGGAUUCCGCCGGACUGCCGGGCUUCGGAUUAUUGGGAGAAACUGGAGACAGUUUGUGGAGUUUGGACGAUAUCUGGCAGCAACCGCUAUGCUGAUCGAUAUACGUAUGCUCAGGGGCGGAUCCAACGUGGGGGCAGGGGGGCUAGAGCCCCCCUACCCCCAUGGAUCCAAUGGAGCCCCCCAAGAAUUUUCAACCAUGAAUGAAGAGGAGGAAGAAGAAAAGGAGGAGGAGGAAGAAGAAAAAGUGAGGAGGGAAGAAGAAAGAGGGAAAAUUAGCCCCCCUAGAUUGAGAUUCUAGAUCCGCCACUGCGUAUGCUGCUAUGGUGACCGAACUUUUUGUAGUGUUAUCUGAUUGAUAAUUGAUUAGUAAUCAGCAGAGACUUAUGCCAAAUAAAAACCAUUUAAUCGAA